CUGCUCUUGGAACCGGAUCCACAUGGGCAAGUCCCUGUGUCCAUGCAAGGCGCGGCUGAGCUUUUGGCAAACGCUUGUUCCCAUGCAUGAAGAUGUCCUUAGUGGACCUAGGGAAGAGGCUGCUCGAAGCAGCGCGCAAAGGCGAAGAUGACGAAGUGCGAAAGCUGAUGGCCAGCGGUGCUCCCUUCACCACUGACUGGCUUGGGACGUCGCCGCUUCACCUCGCUGCCCAGUACGGCCACUAUUCGACAGCGGAAGUGCUGCUUCGCGCUGGCGUCAGCAGAGAUGCCCGGACAAAAGUGGACCGGACGCCACUGCACAUGGCCGCGGCUGAUGGACACACGCACAUCGUAGAACUGCUAAUUAGGAACGGGGCUGAUGUGAAUGCCAAGGACAUGCUGAAAAUGACCGCUUUGCACUGGGCGACAGAGCACAACCACCGAGACGUCGUCGAGCUGCUCAUCAAAUGCGGAGCUGAUGUCCACGCUUUCAGCAAGUUCGAUAAAUCGGCUUUUGAUAUUGCUUUGGACAAGAACAACCCAGAGACUCUGGUAAUGCUGCAGGAAGCAAUGCAGAACCAGGUCGACACUCAUCUGGAGAGAACGGAUCCCGUCACCAACACCGUGACGCUCACCUCGCCGUUUAUUCUCACGCCGGGGGAAGUUCUCAAUCUCACUAGUCUCGUCUCUUCGGCCAACGCCAAAACAACCUCAGGUGACUCGCAUGUCUCUGCGGUGCAGUUCUCCAAUUCGACGACCUCGGUGCUUGCCACCCUCGCGGCCCUCGCUGAAGUGUCGGCACCGCUUUCCAGCUCCAGUGGAGACACAGGUAAGACGGAGGAAAUAGUGGAAGCGAACUGUGUCGAUUCUGCCAUACAACAAGCGGCUGGCGGCGGAGGGCAGCGCGUCAUCGCCAUUGUAACAGGCGGAGUUCCCCUGGGCGGCCUCGCCGCCCCCGCCAGCGGCCUCAGCCAGCGCUUCAUCCUAACCAUGCAGGAUGGGCAGCAAGUUUUAACUGUACCUGCUGGUCAGGUUGCAGAAGAGACUGUGAUUGAGGACGGAGAUGACGCAGAAGAGGAAGAAAAGCCACUGGCCAAGAAGCAAAAAGUGGAACAAGACGUAGAUGCCUCGAAGGAAGACAAGGACAGCGUUGAAAGGGAGGUGCUGCAGCAGCAGUUGCAAGAGGCGAACCAGAAGGCUCAGGAGUAUCGCAGCCAGCUCUUGAAGAAAGAGCAGGAGGCAGAGGAGUACCGGCUGAAGCUGGCGGCCAUGGCGAGGCAGCAGCCCAACGGGGCGGAGGUGACGGUGCUCGAAGAGGUCGCCGAGGUGGACUCGCUUGUGAUAACCUCAGAAGACAUCAAGGAAUCCGUGCUGGCCAUGCUGGAAACGGAUCAGCCGACUGAUAUCGCUGUGGAAACUGUAACCUCCUGA